AUGACUUCUUCAUCAUCGUCACUGCAACACCGCGUGGAUGCUGCAUUGCAGCACGGACUGCUAUCGGUUGGACGAAAGCAACAUAAUACAGGGAGCGGACCCGAUGCGGUGUCACCCGUCCGAUCGCCUGACUCUCUGCCGCGUAGUUACGAAAUGCCUACAACAAAUAUCAAUAGAAACAUCGCAUUACGGGCCACACAAGAAGAGACGGAUGGGGAGGACGAGAUCCAGCGUCUCCUCCGCAACGCAUUUUCUCUUGCUGCAAGCCAUUCUCCACACGGCGGAAUAGUUUCUACUGCAUCUGCUGCACCGUUUUCCGGCACAACAUCCAGUUUAUCAGUUUCUGACAAUGUGUAUUUAAAUGCCAUGCGCACUGCCUAUAGUUUGUAUGGGGAACAAGCGAAUGUCUGUUUGGAGGAUGAUGUUUGA